GAAUCAUUCGCGAGAAGAUGAAAGUUUGGAUGUAACAUGGGAGCCAUCACAUGAUGAUGAUGGAGACAGUGAUGAUUGUGAACAAAUGGAGUGGGAAGGAAGUCAGAGCCAGGUGGCUAGCCGAAAAUUUAUUGUUUCAGAGACAUGUUUAAAUAAAUUGUUAAGUAAGUGCUCAACAUGUAACAAGCCUGUUGUUGUAGAUAAAAUAGUGAAAGGCUGCCUUCUUGUAUGCACUAAGACAUGCAGUUACUGCAAUGAGACAGACACAUGGGAAAGUCAGCCAACAUUUGGUGGGUUGGCUGAAGGACACUUAGACCUCUCAGCAGCCAUCAUGUUUUCGGGCAGUACAACUGCCAAGUUCCUCAGAGCUUUAAGGUUUGCUGGGAUUUCAUGCUUCAAUGAUAGCACGUUUUAUAACAUUCAGAAGCAUUAUUUAUCUCCAUCAAUUGAGCAUGUCUGGAAAACACACCAAAACAAACUUAUCAACGACAUCCGUGGUAGAGGUUCUCCACUUAUUCUUGGAGGGGAUGGACGGUGUUGCUCGCCAGGACACACAGCAAAGUAUGGCACAUACAGUGUGAUGGAUCUGGACUCCGGAAAGAUUCUAGACAUACAAUUAGUACAGAGUAAUGAGGUAAAAAAUUCACAUGCAAUGGAGCUGGAAGGACUCCAGAGAUCUUUGUCAUUCCUGCUUGACGAUUGCAAGCUUUUAAUUUCUCACCUUGUGACAGACAGACAUAGCUCUGUAAAAAAAUACAUGAGAGAGCAACAACCAGAUAUAAUUCAUUGGUUUGAUGUCUGGCAUGUAGCAAAAGGGAUCUACAAAAAGCUUGAGGCAGCUGGAAAGAAGAAGGGCUGCGAAAAAGUGAAGGCAUGGUCAAGGUCGGUUAGUAAUCAUCUUUAUUGGUGUGUUGCCAGUAGUGAUGGUGACGGCGAGAUGGUGAAACAGAAAUGGCUAUCAAUGCUAAACCAUGUAGCCGACAUACAUGAGGGUCAUGGUGACAAGUUUCCAAGAUGUGAACAUGGAAUCCUUGAAGAUAGACUUUGGAUGAAGAAAGGGUUCAAGCCUCAUGCAGAACUAGCCAAGGUGGUGGAGAACAAGCUGCUACUGGAAGACAUUCAGAAACUGUCUCCAGCGCAGCAAACUUCAGAUAUAGAGGCCUUCCAUAAAGUAAUGUGCAGUUGGGCUCCAAAAUCUGUACAUUACAUGCAUACCUACAUGGAAUCAAGGUCUAAAGUUAGUGCACUCCACUUUAAUGAAAAUGCUAGGAGGGAUACACGGACAACCAAGAGUGGAGUGCAACAGUACACAAUAUCUUAUCCAAAAAGCAGAAAGGGUGAGCCUGUUGUCAAGGAUGUAAAAACUGAACAGACAUUUGGAUACAUUACAGAUUUGAUGGUGUACGCAAAGGAACUGCGUUUGAGAAACACAUCAUACAGAAUGGCCAGUGAAAAAAAGAAAUCAAAGAAAGACCAUUACCAUUGGCACAGAGUACCCCAAAAAGACUUAAUUUACCUAAAUCAACUUUAGUGAAAAAUCACAUUUCAAGAUUUAACCGCUAAAUUUAAAACUACAUGUCUCAAGAGGAGCCAAAAUAUUUUUAAAAAAACUUGAGAAAAUGUACUUAGCUUUAAGAAAAAGUAGAAAUAUUCCAAAUUCAAGUAAUUAUUUACUUGUCAUGUGCACUUAAUGAAGUGGGAUGCCGUCUUAGUGUGAUACUCUCUGGUCAAGGUGACCUUAAAUGUGAAAUGUAUGAAUGCUAAAUUUCUAGAGAACUUUUGAACUGAUAAACUUUUAAAGUGUUGCAUUACACAGUUUAUGUACAAUUAUGUGACCUUUCAUUUGAAUAACAUACAUUUAAACACAAACAUUGGCAUGUUCUCUUUUUGUUUGUUAACAAAUAUGUUGUAGUGAAAUCUUUAUUGUGUCAUUGAAGAUAUAAUUUAAAACGCUAGACUUGUAUUUGUUAGUUACCAACCACCCC